AUGUUUUGGCAGAGAACGUAAUAUUAUUCUACGCUCUCUGAAUAUACGUUCACUGUAAAAAGUAAACUUAAGAAUACGUUUAAACUGUUUUGGGUCCACAGCUAGUAUAUUUUUUUAAUUUGUUAUUAUUGCCAAAAAUUUGCCAACUGUUAAUAUGAAUUCUUUUAAUGGCGGUGACUCCUCUGCAGAAGAUGGUAGCGUUGACAAUUGGACAGAUUCUGAGGCAGAUGAGGAGUCCAACAACGACUACACUGCCUUCAACGCCAGGUACAUGGAUGAAAUUACAAAUAUUCUCAGCUUCAACAAUCAGGUUAAUUGCGACAAUGCUUUGGAAUUAAAUAAGGAAAUGCAACAGCGAUUACAAGAAGUGCGAAAACGUUUGCAAAGUCUUCUGCAUUCGGUGCAAGAGCGAUACCUUUUAAACGAGCAACGUUUAAAGUUAAAUGUAGAAAAAAAACAAAAAGGGUUUGGAAUGCGCGGAGCAUAUCUCAAAGGAGGGACCUUCUUUUUCAAAGGAAAUAUGUUUUUCAAAGAUCUUAAAUGCCGAAAUUGCCCAAAUAAUCAGGACUAUGAGCAUCGCAGGAAUAUUGAAGGAGAAAUGUUUCCUAUGGACUUUGAGCUAUGUAGCCGUCAUGUUUGGUCUUUGAUUGAUAAACAGGCCGUGGUGCAAGCUGUAAAAGAGCAGGUCAUUGAUUAUUUAACUGAUCGCAAAUUCCGUGAUAAAAAUAGCAAAAUAAAAAGGGUUCAAUUAGAUAUACAAGUGCAUACAGAGAAAUUGGCCAAUCUUCUUACACAAGUGGACGAGAAGUUUGAAAUAGACUGGGAGCAAGUUUCAGCUCAUAACUUAAAAUAUCGACACUCACCCAGCAGUUGCAAGGCUAUGUGGCAAGUAUACUUGCAUCCCUCUCUCAAACGAAGUGCAUGGACUGAUGAAGAGAAUAAACGACUCUUACAUAUAGCACAAAAGCAUAAUUACCAAAACUGGGAGAGUAUUGCAAAAUCAGUAACGAAACGUUCUGACUAUCAAUGCUUUAUUCAGUAUCAGACGUCCGUUUGUUUUAUGGAUACACAACGUUGGGGACGCUGGGAUAAACGUGAUGACAAAAAGCUUCUCGAAUUAAUUCUGAAAAAAACGAUAAACGGUGUUAUAGAUUGGAAUGCAGUAGCUUCUUAUUUUCCACAUAAACCGAAAAAAUCACUCCAUCAGCGUUACAUAUACUACUUGGAUCCAAAGAUAAGUCAUGAACCAUUUACAGCCGAAGAAGAUCUUAUUUUAUUAGCUGCAGUAGAAGAAUAUGGUGAAAAAUUUGCAUUAUUUCCGCGUACACUUUUUCCAAAUCGUUCUAUAACCCAGCUUCGAAUGCGUUACAAGAACACACUUCAAACGCGUCAUAUGCUAACACCCUGGUCAGUAGAGGACGAUAAGAAACUUAUGGAAUUUAUUUCCGAACACGGCACAUCAGCUUGGUUGCGUUGUGCUGAAUCACUUGGCAAUCACAAUCGUAUUAGCUGUCGUACACGCUUCCUUACUAUAAAGAAGUUUUUUGAGAAGAAUCCUGAAGCGACAAUCGAUGACAUUCCUAGAAAAAAAACUUGUAUAAUGAAGAAUAGUGUUAUUACAAAGCAAAACUGGGUAGAUAAGGUUGCAGAGCUGCGAGAGAACCCCGAUACCGUGCUUGUACCUAUGAACCGUAGAUUUAAACAAAAUAAAAAUAAGAAAGUAAAGAUUAAAAAAGGGGAAUUACUUUCACCGGAGGGUCCACCAAAAUGUACGGUGCAAUCUGCAAGGGUGAUAGAGGUGAAAAAUCGGAAACAACCAUAUGUAGAACGUUUGCGUGCUGUUGAACAAAAGCUCUAUCAUUUCUUUAAGUAUACAUACAAUUUCAAACUAGGCACUGAUGUGUGCAACAAAGCACCAAAUCAAUUCUUGCGUAUAGUAUCAAAAAUGCUCGUUUUUAAAGCGGAUCCAACACGACCCUAUAUUGCAGAUAAUAUACUGUCUCAUUAUAUAGGGAGACGUUGCAAAUUUCACCUACAGCACGAAAGUCUAACAACGAGCGAUGACUGUAGUAAACCCUUCAACUGUACACUACCGCCAAGCUGGUCUACAGCAAUGGGAUUCCGGGCACUUUGCGUGCAAUCUGCAGAAUCGCAAAUAGAGGAUUUAAGAAAUGAUAAUGCGGAGGAGCGAAAGCCAAGUGAAUUUGACAGAAGCUUGGCGGUGCAGCGAUUCCGUAAACGAAUGCAUACUUUAUUUUACCAAACAGCCUUAUUGAGUCGUUUGGAACCCGCGCAUUUUACAGAACUAACAAAAAUCCCAGCGCCACCGCCAACAUUUACGACUGUAACAGAUUUGACGCCUGAAGACUUCUUCGAAGAUACCAGCACUUCCGUCGUUGAAAAUGAAGCAGAAGUACCAAUAUUUGAUUUGAAUCGGGUGAAAACGGAGGAACCAUCCGAAUAUGCGGCCAACAGCGAAUCAACCUCGAAAAAGCAAUGUAAGCAAGGGAGGCCAACCAAAUUGAAUAGUAGAAAAAGAAAAAUGAAAACAUUACCUGUAGCAACACAACGCGCAGCAGUCAAGUAUACUGGAAACGGGGUUGGGCUGGAGGACAAUGCAACUGGCUCGACUUACAAAUCGCCAGAAACGCAACCAAUUCUGCAUUUGCAUAACAUCAAACAAGAGUGUCAAGCGCACACCGCUCUGUUGCAGCAAUGUUCACUGCACACACCGUCGGAAGAACCCGCAGAGAAACGCGUUUACGUUGAUACAAAUUGUAAUAGAUCGGAUGUUAGUUCGCCAACUAUAAAGACUGAAUUUGAACUGUAGUAUAUAUAAAGAGCUGUCAAAUAUGUAUAUAGAAAUGUAUAAUAUGUAAAACAAGUGAAUAUGCUUAAAAUGUCGAGGAACGUUAAACAUACA